AUAUCAAUUUGAUAUAUUAGUUGCUUGCUUAAACCUAAGUUGACAAGAUGUAAGCUUUUUUAAAACAAAUCUCGUGCACAAGGCUCUCGUAGUGGGCGGGGAUAGAGACAGACAAGAUUUACACAGCCUUCCCCUCAUAAUAUGCGGAGAGGUUGUUUCCGAAGUUUGAACAUGUGACCUUUAAGUUGACAUGACGUAAGUAACUAAUAAUUUUACUUGUGAGAAUGUUUGGAUAUUCAGCCAUACUUCGUAGGACUUAUUUCCCUGUAAGUGUGCUUCAAAUGUCGGAAAGACUUUUUUCACAUUUGAUAGAUGCAUUAGUCAAUGAUUUGACAGUUGAUUGUUGUCAUCCGAGAAUGUCUCACAGUCCUUUCCAAUUUGAAGCUUGGAUGUUUGUGCUAUACUGGUCUGUUAUGUUUUCAGGGAGGACAUGCUACACUUGAACUUUUUAUAAACGUUUCUAAACAAAAUGUGAUAUAGUCUUGAUUGUUUUCUAGGAGACUAGGAUAUAUUUUCAGCCUAGCCUUGUGGAUAUCUAUACAUCAUAAGUCUAAGAAAUUUUGGAAAUCAGCGAUGCCAGUGGAUAAUAAUGUUGUAGUAAAAGUGGGGAUUUUGGUGCUAUCCGAGAGUUUGUACUUAUAGUUCAGUACUUGAGUGGGGCAUGUAAAUCCUGAAAUGAUGAAGUGAUUAAGAGGGUGAUGGGUGAAAUCAGAAAUGAUGGAGAAAAUUUACUCCCACCUUUAUUUGAAUACGAGUCAAUCAAUAAAAACUAUUUGGAGAAAGGGCAAUUGAAGAGGGGGAAGGGGGUUCGAUUACUUGAGAAGACUCGAAAUGUUGAUCAGUGCAAAUUUUGCUUGUGGCUUAAGAAAAAGCCUCUUAUAAAUGCCUUCUAUCUGGAUUUAAGCACUAAUUCCUCCCAUUGGGUCUCCUAUCCCAAGGCUAAAUGGCUCAAUGCUUCUGUAAAAUUGGCUGUUCCAAUGAUCUCUAUGCAGGCCAAAACUUGCAGCUUUUCCAAAGUUGCAACUGCAGGCCACUGCAUGCCAAAACUUGCAGCUUUUCCAAUGCUCCAUCUGCAGGCCAAAACUUGCAGUCUUGUGUUGCAAACUGCGACUAGCUUUCAACUGUCAAAAGGCCCCUCAGCAACAGUCAACUCAUCUCCACAAUCAGUCCCUUCAUACAGAAACUCUUGUCUCUCGCUCGCUGGCCAUUGCCACAUCAAAGCGAGAUUCUUGGAGAAAUCCACACUCCUCUUCUUCAUGAUAUUCUGCUCUCUCUUCCAUUCCCUAUACACUUCCUCUGUGAAUACCAACUCAGAAAUCGAAGCGGAGCUCCUCUCUCUGCGGGCCCGGUCGGAUGACAGUGUGAUCCACCUAAAUGACCUUUCCGUCUCUCGUUUCCUCACCUCUACCAAACCCCCUCGCUCAUACUAUCUCAUCAUCUUCUUUGACGCUACCCACCUCCAUGGCAAUCUCCAACUCAACCUCCAGGACUUCCGCCACGAGUUCUCCCUCGUCGCUUCCUCCUUCAUUGCCAACAACGAGCAUGACAGUUCCACACUCUCUAAGGUAUUCUUUUGUGACAUCGAGUUUUCUGAAUCUCAGUCCUCAUUUGACCUCUUUGGUGUUGUCUCCGCCCCCCACAUUGGCCUUGUUGGCCCAAAUGUCAACAACUUGAAGGAUGCUGACCGGAUGGGCCGUGGUGACAUAAGGCAAAUUGCCGAGUCCAUGGCUGAAUUCGUUGAGUCUAAGACCAAGGUCAUGGUCGGGCCCAUCCAUCGCCCUCCGUCACCCUUAAAGAACCAAUUGGUCCUCAUCCUCGUCCUAUUAUUGAUUUUGGCUCCAUUUCUCACCAAGAAGGUCAUGUCUGGAGAGACUCUGCUGCAAAAUCCUAAGAUCUGGUUUUGUGGAGCCGCUGUGUGUGUAUACUUUUUCAGUGUAUCUGGUGCGAUGUACAACAUAAUACAUAAGAUGCCCAUGUUCUUGGUGGAUCCAAAUGAUCCAAGUGAGCUGAUAUUCUUCCAUCAAGGGUCGGGGACACAACUGGGUGCUGAGGGAUUCGCAGUAGGGUUCUUGUACACAGUGGUGGGUUUGGUGUUGGCUUUAAUCACCCAUGUGUUUGUGACAGUGAAAAAUGUCAUAGCACAGUGGAUGAUAAUGAUCAUAUCUCUUUUAAUUUCGAUUUGGGCAGUGGGGAAGGUUGUGUACUUGGAUGAUUGGAAGAAGGGAUAUAUGUGAGGUUCAUGGCUUCUAGCCUUCAAGCUGGAGUGCUGGAUUAAAGCUAGUGAGGAUGCAAUUUAGAUCUCAAAUAAUAUGAGGUGUUCAUUUUGUUAUAGUGGUUCGUCUGUUAAACUUAUUUGGAACUGAUUUUUCAUGUGUGCAGUGUGGAACUUUGCUACAUAAAAGUCAGUCACAGCAGAACUUUAGCUUGUUACUACUCUUAUUGCUUGAAUGAUGUAUUUUUGGUUCUCAAUUUUAUUUUUAUAAAUUUUGCGAUUUUGAUAACAUUAUUGUGUUUAUGGUGAUUCUCAGACUUUUCAAGGAUAUUCUAAGUUCUCAUUGUCUUCCUAGUUCUUAAAGUAUACGCAAUUAAUUACUUGAUUAUUUCAAAACCUGAGUUGGAAUGAUGUAGUUGAUUCCUUUUACUUUUGGUUUUGUCAACCGUUUUUUAAAGUCUUUUUCAAGAUAUGAAAAAAAAAAUCUUCAUUCGGACUAUUGCUGGCUCAGUUGAAUUUUGAACAUGGUUUUGGCAUGCAGCUAGAAUCUCAAGUUACAGAGUCCUUGCUUUGAAUUUUCUGUAGCAUUGUGUUUUUGGCAAACCAUUUUGUUAGAGUGCAAAUGAAAUAAAAGAAAUUGAUAGCGGUGUUCCAAUAGACUGAGUUCAUGGUCAGUGUGUUUCAAAUUUGUCUUUCUGAAGUUUUUGAUAUUUUUGAGUGAAGUGAAAUAUUUUUGAAUAUUGUUGUUGUAAAGAAACAUUCAUUUCUAAAAGAGAAAUGGGAAGUCAAGUAAAUAUAUUUACAUUCGACUCCAACUGAAUUCCAAAAUGAACAGAUCCAAUUGUUAGUCAUUCUCAAUUGUUGUUUCUAAAUGAAGCUUUGGAUCUUGUUUGUCUAGUCUUGUUCAGCUUUUAGCUUUACCUUGUAUCAUGUCAUGCAUCGCUUGCCAACCUUUUGAGUUUGUUGUCCGUGCUUGCUAUGCUACAAGUUCAGGUGCAUGCUACUAGUUCUUGUUCUGGAUGUUUAUAACCUUCGGGCAAAACUGGGAUCUCUAUUGUUUAUUAAGUUUUGAUUCUAAUGAGCUAUGUCUGGAUGACAACCUCAUAGGUGAAACUGAAGCUCCUAAGUUUUUUAGAUUUUGUGUCUAAUGACCAAUGUCUGCAUGAUAUUUUGGUUACACAGGUAAUGCAUCAGACCUGUCUUUUGUGCACGAAUGUGUGUGGAUGAUUGUCCCACUGAGGUUAAUGCCUUAACGAGCAUAUGGGUCUUGUUAUGCAUAAGUGUUGACUGUUGAUAACAUUAUUAUAUCCGUGUUUGAUAGUAAUUGAAAUGCUACUGCAUUAUUUGAGCCUUUUGGUGGACCGUUGAUCUCUUAUGUCUGGGGGGUUAAACAAUAUGAUACCUUAUGAUUAUUGUCACCAAAUUGGAUAUCAAAUUAGCAAUCCUGCCAAACAAUAUAUGAUCUACUAGCUUAGAUGGCAAAUUGCUUGCCGAAAGCAAAAUUAGGAGGAUCAUAUCAUUGUUCGAGAGCCUUUCUUAAGUUAAAUAUAGAGAUUUAAGUAAGCUUACGACAUAUACCUUGCUUUUGGCUCUCGACCAGCAGAGACUUUCUUCAUUUCUUUUUUUCUGGUGUGGGAUCUACAUUGCUCUUUACUAUAAUGCUAUAGAGGCCUUAACUUAGGCUAUAUAUACCUUGCUUUUGGCUCUCGACUUGCAGAGACUUUCUUCACUUCUUUUUUCCUGGUGUGGGAUCUACAUUGCUCUUACUAUAAUGCCAUAGACGCCUUAACUGCUGUUAAGUUAACCAGGCUAAUGCUAUUAUGGAGUUGUUUACCAGUAGUGGGUGAAAGCCAGAAAGUGGAUUAGGACGGCUGAAAAGGUUCUAAACUAAGUGGUGUUGCACCAACAUCUGCACCUUUUUUCCAUUUCAAAGG